AGCAGCAGGGGGCUGGGCUUGCGGAGACUUUCGGAGUUUGUGAGAGAGUUGAAAGAAAGAAGAAAGCGACGUAACUGAAGCUAGCUCGCAGGCUAGCUGAAUGUCCGACCGUGUCGCAGAUGUGUCGAAAGCCACGGCAAAGGACGGAAUGUGGGGGGUUGGAUAUAUAAAACAGGGAAUGGGGUUGUUUGUAAGUAACGCGGUUAUUGGACCGAUCGGUUCGGUGACAGUGGAGGCAGCGCUGACCGAGACCCGGCUGCUUUGUGUAGGAGUGAACAACCAGAGCUACUUCUGUGAUUCGGGCCACUGCUGUGGGGAAUCUCAGUGUUGCAGCUAUUACUACGAGGUGUGGUGGUUUUGGUUGGUCCUGACUCUCAUCAUCAUUCUGGGCUGCUGCUGUUUGUGCCACCACCGUCGAGCCAAACACAGACUGCAACAACAGCAGCGGCAGCAUGAGAUCAACCUCAUCGCUUACAGAGAAGCCCAUAAUUACACCUCUCUACCCUUCUAUUUCAGGUUUCUGUCUGGCUACCUCUUACCGGCAUACGAGGAAGUUGAGAACAGACCUCCGACGCCCCCGCCUCCGUACAGUGCCUCUCAGCCAGGCCAGUCCACCAGCAUUGACCCCCUGUGCUCUGAACAACCAGAUGAGCUCUGCCCUCCACUGCAGUCCAGCCCCGUCGUCCCGUCUGCAUCUGAGAACUGUUCCCUGGGACCCUGUGUAGAGCAGCCACAUACUGCCACUGCACACAGCCCUGUCAGAGACAGUCACAAACCACAGUACCUCAGCCGAGGAGAGGACGGGCAGCCCCAGCCCCAGCAGGUGGCGUGCGCUACCUCACACAGCCCCGUCAAACAGGGCAACUCGGGCGAGGAUCUGACUGAACCCGUAGAAGACUGUUCUCCCGACAACAAAGACAAGACUCCAGGACGCCACCGGCGCUUCACAGGCGACUCUGGGAUUGAGGUAUGCGUUUGCAACCAGGGGCCCGGGGAUGGAGAGGAAGAGGAGGAGAUGAAAGAGCUUGUAGGGCACAUGGAUGGAGGGGUGCUCGAGGAGCAGGACUUCUGUGAUAGCUGCAACCUCCGCGGCGGCGGCGGCAGCCCUCCUCGUGGUUCGGGGGAUGAGGAACAGGGCCUGGCUGCCUCAGAUGUGCCUCUAGAGCAAAGAGAGCAUCAGCGACCUCCAGUCUGCCUCCAUCUGCACACCAUCAACGAACAGGACGGUCCACAUCACGCCAAUAACACGGACCCCCAGAGUUGAGCACAACUGGUUCCAGCAGAGACUUACUUUAGACUGCUGUCUCCCUUUACUUUCUCAAGAUACAUCAGUUUGUACUGUCAGCAAUGUCAC